AUGCGCCAUGCCCUUUGUUUGCCCGUCCAGCGCUGGGCGGAGUCGCGGCUUCGUGCGGAGGUGGCCGGGGAGGUGACGGCGCAGUGCAGAGGUGGCCGGGGAGCCGCCGGACGGUGUAUGGCGCGGGCGAACGAGCACCAGGAUGUCCAUGUCUCCUCCGGCGGCGUCCAGGCCUACACCGACUACGUCGACAGCGACUGCAAGAGCAAGUGCCCCUUGUGCCUACCACCGUUCGAGUGCUAA